AUGCUAAUAUUCCAGAAAGUUCGAAGGUUAGUGAAGAAGAAGGAAGAUGCUAAGUUCGAGAAAUUUUAUGAUCAGCUGAAGCAGUUAUCUCUGAACUUCCCAUUUUUGGAUACUGUCAAGGAGAUGCCCGAUUUUACUAAUGCUCUGUGUGAUAAUGGGACGAGUAUAAAUCUGAUGCCACUUACUAUCUAUAAGCAAUCAGGUUUGGGGAGGCCAAGACCGACUACUAUGAGGUUACAGAUGGCAGAUAGAUCUAUUAAGCGGCCGGUUGGCGAGGCUGAUCAUGCUCUUGUGCGGGUUGGUAAAUUUAUGUUGCCUGCUGAUUUUUUGAUUCUUGACUGUGCUGUUGAUCGGAAUAUUCCUAUUAUCCUGGAGAGACCUUUCCUUUCUACGGGAAGAGCUCUCAUGGAUUCGGAAAAGAAUGAAAUAAAAUUCUGA